AUGUGGUCUGGCAGUCAAACAUUUGAAAAGAAGAUUAUCACGAAAUUACGAGAAACAUUUCAAGUGGGAAAUGAAGAAACAUCGUGUUUCAAGUAUGUGGGUCUUCAAAUCAACGAACAUAAAGAUAGAGUCUCAUUAAAUCAAAAUGAAUACAUUUCAUCUUUGAAUCCUAUUCAUUUGUCUCACCAGCGUAAGACUGAUCUUGACGCAAGACUAACUCAUCUUGAAAGUGAAGCCCUUCAGUCCAAAAUAAGUCAACUGUUGUGGAUCAGUACUCAAUCACGGCCUGAUAUCUCAUUCGAUACUUGUAUAUUGGCCACAAAUUUCAAAUCUGCAACUGUGAAAGAUCUCCUCAGAGUUAACAAAGUGAUUAGUAAACUAAAAUCAAAUUCAGUGGAUUUGAACUUCUGUAAUUUGGGCUCUGACAAGGAUCUGAAACUUGUCUGUUUCGUCGAUGCAUCCUUUGGUAAUUUGACUGAUGGUGGUAGCCAAGCUGCAAGCCUCAUAUUUCUUGUAGGAGAACAUCAAAGAUGCAAUCUCAUCAGCUGGCAAAGCAAACGGAUAAAAAGAGUUGUUAAAAGUUCUUUGGCUGCGGAAACACUUGCUAUGUCGGCUGGCGUAGAUAUGGCAAGCUUUGUUAGCUCAUUGUAUACAGAAAUCAUGCAUGGAGCUAUCAAUCUUGAAAAACUGCCCAUCGAAAUUGUAACUGAUAAUCGCUCUCUUCACGAUGCUAUAAAGUCUAUCAAGCAAGUACAAGAUAGACGACUGAGAAUAGAAGUAGCAAUGUUGAAAGAGAUGAUGUCCAACAAAAAGAUUACCAGAAUCCGAUGGUGUAACAGCGAACAACCGCUUGCAGAUAACUUGACUAAAAAAGGUUCAUCAUCGUCAAGUUUGCUGGACAUUAUACAAUGCAAUGAACUUAAAAACCAUGUUAAGUUUAUCUGCCCUCAAGGCAGAUACACAUAUACAGGUCCUUAUCCAGGCCUGUCAUAA